CUACUUCCCGGUUCCGGUUCCGGCUCCCGUCAGCCGCGCCACCCUGAGGAAGGUCGCGCCGGGCGGACGAGUGGCCGCUGUCUCCUGUUUCUAUCAUGCUGUCCGCCGGUGUCCGCCGCUUCGCCGCCUCCGCCAUCCGCCGCAGCCAUGUUGAGGAGGGACCCGGGAAGAACCUCCCAUUCUCUGUGGACAACAAGUGGAAGCUGCUGGCGAUGAUGUGUGUGUUCUUUGGGAGUGGAUUUGGUGCCCCUUUCUUCAUAGUCAGACACCAGCUCCUGAAGAAAUGAAGGGGACAGGCUGCAGCUGCACUAGCUGGAGAUGAAGUCUUCUGCACAGCAUCGUUCAAUGGGGAUAUGAUAGCUGCAACCCGUGCCGGAUGUCUCUAAAUAAAAUCUUAAACCCC